AAGGAACAAAAAAACGUUAAAGUAAAAUUUGACUGCACUUCCGAGCAAUAAAAAUUAGAAAUUAUAAAAUCGAAACGGAAAAAGUUAUAAAACAACAGCCCAGCGAUUGCCUUUUCGCCUUACAGCGAGUGUCCACGAAUGCAUUUCGCUCAUGCAUAUGUACCAAAUUUCAAGUGUCCACGAUUCAACGCACAUAGUGGUCGGUGUCGGUAUCGGUUUCGGUGUCGCUAUCGGAGCGAGUGCAUGCAGACGAGGAACCCUACGUUGGUGUUGCAGGAGCCAGAACAGCACCAGCAGCAACAGCAGCCAGAACUACAGCUGCUGGAAGAAGCAGAGCAGUGCUUGUACUGUUAGUCGCCGUUGUUGCCACCUUUGCAGAGGUAGCUGAGGAGCUUAGCUUGUAGCAACCAUAACUAUAGUUGCAAUAGCAGUAGACUUUGUUAUACAUAUACCGUUGCGAGAAAACGCCAUCAAUAUGCCAUCACUAUUGGAAGCAUUGGAAAGAAAAUAUUUCACCGAUUGUCAAUUGGAGAAUCUAAACGACGACGAUGCAGCUGCUGAAACAGAAAAAAUCAUAUCCAUUUAUAUACCGCGUCUGCCACCGUUGCUCAGCGUGCCCGAACUGUUGGUAUUGAACGACUGUGACAUUGACUGUGCGGGUGAUUUUGAAGCCAUAAAAGAGAAAUGUCGCCGCGUACGUGAACUAGAUCUCGCACAAAAUAAAUUGAACGAUUGGCAGGAGGUCUUCCACAUACUCGAGCAUAUGCCGCGUGUGGAGUUUGUGAAUUUGAGUAAAAAUCAUUUGGUUGGACCAAUAUGCAAUCCGACCACGCUGCCCACGAACAGUUUGAGGAGCAUGGUGCUGAAUGGCACUUACCUGGAUUGGCCGUGUGUUGAAGUGUUGUUGGAUAAUUUGCCAUUGUUAGAGGAAUUACAUCUCAGUUUGAAUGACUACAAAGAAGUGCUUAUUGAUUCAAUUGAAUUUGCUGCCAGCGGUGGUGCUGGUGGUGGUGGCAGCGGUAGCACGCAAGGCGAGGACGAUGUCAACGAAGGUGAAGAGAUGAUAAACGAGUUGUGCGCUAAUGUGGACGACAAUAAUGACGAGGUAAGCGUGCGCGUUGAGCGUAACGACAGCAAACAAAGUGAUUCACAUAUAUUAAAUAGCAACAAUACAACGACAGCGACAACAGCAACAACAACGGAAACAGAAACAGACACCGAAAGAGCGGCAGCAGCAGCAGACGUAGAAGCAAUAGCGGAAACAGAAAUUGAAACAACACCAACAACACCACCGCCAACACCAACUUCACCAACAGGCAGCUGCUACACGGAAUCAAAAUGUAAACACAUACAACCACAUCGAAAACUGAAAACAUUACAUUUCACCGGCAAUCCAGUCGAAAGUUGGCUAGAGAUUUGUCGUUUGGGGCGUGUUUUUCCUAGCCUCGAAAAUUUGGUGCUCGCCGAUUGUCCCAUCAAAGCUAUACAAACCGAUGCCGCUACUAAUGUCAACAACAAUGACUGCCCGACUGCCUGCGUUGAGGAUGUCGAAAUGUCCCAUAAAACGGAAUGUCCGCACAAACAUUUUCAUAAUCUCCUAUUUCUCAAUCUCAGCUACUCGAACAUAAGCACUUGGGAUGACAUCGAUCAGAUUGCGAAAUUUCCGAAAUUACGAAAUUUACGUGUAAAAAAUUGGCCACUGUGGGAGCGUCUGGAAUGCACAGAACACGAACGUCGUCAGCUGUUAAUUGCGCGUUUGCCGAAUGUCAGCUUACUCAACGGUGGUGGCGUGAUCAGCGCCGAUGAACGUGAAGAUGCUGAACGUGCUUUCAUACGUCACUACAUGGACAAACCGGAGUGGGAGCGUCCGAAGCGUUACGAUGAAUUGGUCACUAAACAUGGCAAACUAGAUCCGUUAGUUAACAUAAAUCUUAAGCCUGAGAAACGCCUAAAAGUAUUCAUUACAUAUAAGGAAAAGACAGAGACACGCUUACUCGAUGUCUAUUGUACGGUGGGCGAUUUGAAGACGCGUUUGGAAAAGCUCAUUGAUUUGCCAGCAAAUAAAAUGCGUUUAUAUUACGUAGAUCAAGAUUUCAAAGAGUUCGGACCGGAGUUGAUGAAAUAUCCCAAUAAGCGGCUAUACAGUUAUAAUAUACAAGCGGGUGAUGAAAUCAUAAUCGAUGAGAAGAAAUAAGUUGGGAGCGGUGAUUGCGUAGGGGUGGGGCGGCGCUAUUCUAAAUGCAUAAAUGCACAUAACGACUUCUUUUUUUUGCAGCAACAAAAAUGAUGCAAUGCUUUUAAUUACUAUACUUAUAUACAUAAAUGCAUAAUAUUAUAUAUACAUGCAUACAUACAUAUAUAAUAAAUAUAGAACAAUGUAAAUAUUUUGUAAAGUUAAAAUAAUGAUUAUGUAGUUGUAAAAAGUACCUUGUAAAAAUAAAGAAGUCAAUGAUAAAAUCGAAAACAAAAACAAAAGCAAACAAACAGCAAGCGCUAUUGACGAAAUAAAUUACUGUGGUACACAAGCGUGCUAUACGAAUAGAUAUGUACGUACGUACGUAUGUAGGUAUGUAUGUACGUAUGUAAACAUAAAUGCGUACAUAUAAAAUAAAUAAUA